GGGGAAUCAGAACUGACAGAAGAGAGUGAGCAAUCGCAGGCAAUUGUAUAAAGUGUAUAUUUUUGCAUAUGCGAUUGCUCACUUCUCUCUCUGUCAGCUUCACUCUCUCUCUCUCUCUCUAGCUCUCUCUCUCUCUCUCUCUCCUCUAUCAAUUGAUUUUCUGGCUUCCCACAAUUUCUACCCCCACUGCACCAAAUACACGAAGAACUCAGUGUGUGUGUGUGUGUGUUUUAUUGUCAAAAAGGUGAGAGAGAGAAAUAUGUAUACAUGAAAUUGCGAAGAUUUAUUGUUCUGAAGUGGUAAAAUAAUUCAUCGUGGAAAAUUUUCUGGAAUGAUGAAGAAGGGUUGAGAAUUUGAGAAACCCUUUGCAUAUAUGUAUUUUUGUUUUCUUGUUUAUUUAAUUAGUGAAAAUCUAGGUUGUGUUUUUCCGACAUAGGUUAUCCAGCGCAACAGGUCUUGAGUUGGGCGUGACUUUUGAUGUUCUUGUUCAAGAUUUUGGGAAGGUACGCCUGCAUACGGUUCUGAUUUAACGGAAGAUAUUGUGGUUUUUUAUGCUCAUUUUUAUUAAUUAAUUAUUUAUUUAAAUCCCAAUUUUCUCUCAAGAUUUAUACUUAUUUGAAUUCUUGAAAUAUGUCUCUUACAUAAAAUGAAAAUACACAAAUUUAUUUAUAUUUUAUGUGAAAAUUAAACAUGGGGUGUUUCUUUCUAGUUCAUCUAAUCUUUAUUUAUUUUAUAAUUGUAAUAAUUAUUAUUUUUAACUAUUUUUAUUUGUAUUUUAUUGCGAGGAAUUUCAAUGAUGUAUGUAACUCAGACAAGGAAGAUUUUUGUUUCCUUGAACAAGCUGAUACGCAUAGAAUCAAGAAUGGGAAAUUUCUAUCUACAGUAUUUAAAACUUGGUGCUGGGGUUAAUCCAUAUGCUGAAACUUCACCCUCGUUCUGGACAUCAUUAAAUGGAAGAAAAAAGCAUUUUAUCCGGCAGCGAAAUCUCCGACUCCAACAGCAGCAGCACCACCACCACCGCCCUCCCCUUCUUCCCCGGCCAUGACAUCAUCAACAGUGGGCCCGCGGCGCCGCCUUCCAAGUUCAAAGGUGUGGUGAGCCAAUCGAACGGCAACUGGGGCGCCCAGAUAUACGCCAACCACCAGCGCAACUGGCUAGGCACCUUCAAGUCGGAGGUCGAAGCCGCCAUGGCCUACGACAGCGCCUCCAUCACGCUCCGCCCGAGCGGCGGUUGCGUCGGCGGCGCCACCCACCGCAACUUCCCGUGGACCUCCAUCACCGCCUGCGAGCCCCACUUCCAGAGACAGUUCACCACGGAGGCCGUCCUCAACAUGAUCAAGGACGGCACCUACGCCGCCAGAUUCUCCGAGUACCUCCGGUCGCACGGCCGCCAGGUAGCUGCCGGCCGCGGCCGCCGCUGUCUGUCGGCCUCCGCUCACGGCGCGGUGGGUGUCAGGAUGCGGCAGCUGUUCCAGAAGGAGCUGACGCCCAGCGACGUGAGCAAGCUGAACAGACUGGUGAUACCGAAGAAGUACGCGGUGAAGUACUUCCCGAGAAUCAUGGAUAAGGUGGAGGGGCAAAAUGGGAAAGAUGGCGGAAUAAUGGAUUUGGAGCUGACGUUUGUGGAUAGGGGGAUGAGUCCGUGGAAGUUUAGGUAUUGCUAUUGGAAGAGUAGCCAGAGCUUUGUGUUCACGAGGGGGUGGAAUCGGUUCGCGAAGGAUAAGGGGUUGAAAUCGAUGGAUAAGGUUAUUUUCUACUCGUACGAGUGUGGAGGUAAGAAGAUGUGUUUGAUUGAUGUGGCUUAUAAUAGUGACGGCGUUGGUGCGGUGGUGGAAGGCGGUGUUGGCCCGAGGGAGCUGGCUGAGGUGGCGGAGGCGGGUUUGGAUGGGGUCGAGAGAAUGGAUUUUGAGGGGAGUGUUGUGAAUGCGGUUGAAGAUGUGACGCAAAAUGUGGAUGCUUCUUCGGCGAAUAAUUAUUCGCCGCGGGGAAAAGGUUUUAAACUCUUCGGAGUGCAAAUUAUAUGAGUGAGUCGAGUCGGUUUCGUAUUUAUAUUCCGCUCUCUCUCUCUCUCUCACUCUCUCUCGAUUUGUUUUUUUUUUUUUUUUAUUUGAGCAGUUGUUUUGCAUGAAUUGUAUUGGAGAAUUUGAUAGGUGUUUUCGAGACUAACAUAUAUUUUGAACAUUGGGUUGUUAAAGCAACCGGAUUAUGCUAUACUGUGUUUUUGUUUUCAUUUUUUUUU